UAUCUAUUCUCAUGUUCCCGCUUCUUUCCAGCUUUGUGGGUUUGAGGUGCAACCCUCGGACUCCGUUUCAGUCCGGCGAUCUUUACAACGUGAGGCUUACCGUGUCACCAUGUGCCUCCAGAUGAUUCAAUUGAAGAAGGCCAUGGGUGACGUGUCUUCUAAAGUUGCCGCGUAGCUUUUGAACGGCUCAACACUGCUCGCCUUGUGGCUCUUCUAUUGAAGCGCUGCCAUAUGAUCUGGCGCGUGAUGAAGACGUUUUUCUACGUACCGCUAAUACUUAGAGUCUCUGCUCAUCGUUGGUGGAUACAGAGGGGACGACACCCUGUGUCUGCAAAUCCCACUCGACAAAUUAAUUGUAUCCCGAGGUUCUACCGGCCCGUCACUGCUCCAGCAGCAAUGAUGCAUAAGGAUGCAGGGGAAACAUAUGACUGCUUUACUGACCUCUAUCAGGAACCCGUACUGCUUCACGAUUCAUACAGCUCUGCAGAGUUGUGAAUAAGUACACAAUACUCGCAUUUGACUGGCCAAAUGCUGAAUUGCACGUAAUGCCGUAUCGCUGGCGAACGGACAACCAGUGCCGGCCAUUGUCGACACCAUCAUGCCGAUGAGGGUCAUCGGAUGAAUCACUUGGUCUUGCUCGACGUUGUCCGUUGCUUCUGAGGGACAUUGGUCAGCCGUUAUGCGUUAUGGAAGGCAUGACAGUGAAGACCAGCGAGAUAUCGCAAUCAUGAUUUCCCCGCCGCAUCCAAAGCAUCAUGGCAGUGAAACAGCUCGUGGUGCUUGCUGCCCUUGUCACGUCUGUCGCGUGCUAUGGAUUUCCAGACUGCAGUAGUGCCCAACUCAAAGGCAAUGCCGUGUGCGAUACCUCCAAAGACCCAAUUACUCGUGCUACAGCUCUCAUCAAUCUCUUCACUGUCGAUGAACUUAUAAACAAUACCGACAAUGGCUCUGGAGGUGUCCCUCGUCUUGGGAUUCCAUCUUACCAAUGGUGGUCAGAAGCAUUGCAUGGGGUAGCUAAUAGUCCAGGCGUGAACUUCUCGGCGUCUGGAGAGUGGAGCUCUUCCACCUCUUUCCCUCAGCCUAACAUCCUAGGCGCGACUUUCGACGACGACCUUGUCAAACAAGUUGCGGAUGUCGUUAGUACAGAGGCCCGUGCAUUUAACAAUGGCGGGCAUGCAGGACUUGACUUCUGGACUCCCAACAUCAAUCCCUUCAAAGAUCCUAGAUGGGGUAGAGGUCAAGAAACGCCUGGCGAAGAUCCAUUCCACUUGUCGCAUUAUGUUAUGAACCUGAUCCAAGGUUUGCAAGGCGGCGUCGAUCCACAGCCGUACUUCAAGGUCGUUGCUGACUGCAAGCACUUUGCUGCAUAUGACAUGGAAAAUUGGCACGGGAAUGUACGGUACGGGUUCAACGCUGUCGUUACGCAGCAGGACCUUAGCGAGUACUAUCUUCCGCCUUUCCAAACUUGUGUGCGAGACGCGAAAGUCGGCAGUGUCAUGUGCUCGUACAACGCCGUCAACGGUAUCCCUUCUUGUGCCUCGCCGUUCUUGCUGCAGACGGUGCUGAGGGAUCACUGGGGUUUCUCGGAUGAUCGUUGGGUGACUAGUGAUUGCGAUGCAGUUGACAAUGUCUUUUCUCCCCACAACUUUUCCACGACCCUCGCCGAAGCAUCUGCCGUAUCUCUCAAAGCUGGCACAGACAUUGAUUGUGGCAGCACGUAUGGUGCUAACCUAGGAGCAGCGUUGAACCAAUCGCUGAUCACGGAGGCACAUCUUCGAAAAGCGCUUACUAGACAGUAUGCAUCUUUGGUCAGACUUGGCUACUUCGACGAUCCAUCAAAGCAACCAUUCCGUCAGCUUGGCUGGUCCGACGUGAAUACAAAGUCUGCACAAGACCUCGCUCAUAAAGCUGCUGUUGAGGGAAUUGUCCUAUUGAAGAACGAUGGUACCUUGCCGUUCAAGCGUUCCAUCAAGAAAAUCGCGCUCAUCGGGCCUUACGCUAACGCCACACGUGAACUGCAAGGCAAUUACUUCGGCAUCGCGCCCUUCCUCAUCAGUCCACUCCAAGCUGCUCAGACUGCUGGGUUUGACGUUUCCUAUGUGUUUGGCACGAACGUCUCCACAAACGAUACUAGUGGUUUUGCUUCUGCUGUCAGCGCUGCCAAGUCUGCUGACGUCGUGAUCUACGCGGGAGGCAUUGGCGAGACAAUAGAGAGAGAAGACAUUGACCGUGAUGCGAUCAGCUGGCCGGGGAACCAGCUUGACCUCAUAAGCGAAUUGGAGAAGGUUGGGAAACCCUUCAUUGCCGUGCAGUUCGGAGGGGGCCAGGUGGACCAAACAUCACUGAAAGCGAGCAAGUCCGUGAACGCUAUUUUGUGGGCCGGUUAUCCGGGACAAAGUGGUGGUGCCGCCCUCUUUGACAUUUUGACGGGCAAGGCAGCGCCUGCUGGACGUCUUGCAACCACACAGUAUCCCGCCGAAUAUGUCAAUCAAGUCCCUAUGACAGACAUGACGCUACGUCCAAGCUUAGUUAACCCGGGCCGAACGUACAAGUGGUACACAGGAACACCGGUUUUCGAGUUCGGGUUCGGGCUUCAUUACACGACAUUCUCACAUAGCUGGGCUACAAAGCCUUCGAGCAGCCACAACAUUCAGUCACUCUUUUCGAGAGCCAGGUCGGCCGCUCACAUGGACCUCGGCCUUCUCGAUACAUUCACGGUGAACGUCAGGAAUACUGGCAGGGUCACCUCGGACUAUGUUGCCCUUCUAUUCGUGAACAGCAAGAAUGGACCCGCCCCGCAUCCGAACAAGGAGCUCAUUUCUUACGUUCGUCUACACGAUAUUGCUCCAGGCAGGACCGCAACUGCGAAACUCGAGGUCACGCUCGGUUCGAUCGCUAGGGCGGACGAGAACGGCGAUCUUUGGCUAUUCCCAGGAACUUAUCAGCUCACAGUCGACACCGACGCCGUUCUCAAAACAAGCUUCCAACUGACUGGAAGUGCUACUAGAAUUUCAGAGUGGCCACGCGACAACUCAACUCAGGCGUCUGUUUAGAGCUUGAGGCGCCUGCUUAGAGCUUGAGGCGCCUGCUUAGAGCUUGAGGCGCCUGCUUAGAGCUUGAGGCGCCUGCUUAGAGCUUGAGGCGCUAAUAUGUGUGAAACGAAAACGGGAACUCUCUAGCGUUAUGUGCGUGCUGUACUGGGAAUCCACGACGUUUACGAAGUUGAUGUAGAUAUUUCAUGCGGAUAUGUCCUUUGAGUGCUGAGAUAGCUUUGAACCAAUAAAUUCGAGUGGAUUUAUCAUCU